CACUCAACGCGGCCAUUCCGAUGCACGGAGAUGUGAUAAAUCGGUCGAUUAUGCGUUGUAUGCGCACGUCCCCGAAUAACACAUCCGUGUGCCAUUUCGGCCGGGAUUGCUGACUUGUGAGAGCCCACGAGAUUGUUAUUAUUAAACCAUCUCACUAACUAGGAGGCUCGCGCCUGCCAAUCAGCCCCGAGGGACGUUGACUAAAAUCCCCAACUCCGGGGAACAAGAUCGCCUCGCAUCCCUCAGACGGAGAGCUGACUGCAGAUGACAUGUGGAUCACAUGACCAGCUCCCCCGAUCAAUGACAACCUCAUCAUCGGAUGUGUACACUGGAGUAAAGCAAAUCGCUUCUCUUUGGCUUCAGAAGCAGAGGUAACAGGGGAUGGGAGCGUAGGGGGAGUCUAGGAAGCCAGGCCAUGAACGGAGGCGGGCAGGAGUCCUUGAUAUUCCAGUCAUUCUAAUAAUCGGGCGAUGAGGGUCAGCGCUGUGGACGUUACAACGGUGUGUCGCCCUAUGCUGCCUUCACCGCUGGAGAACCUACCUGCGAGAUUUACCGCGCAAAAGAAAGAGACCCUGCCUGGCCAUUAUGCACACAGCAGUACAGCAUUGACAGUUGGUUACGCAUCGGUUGGUGCAUAUGAUUUUAAUAACCCAAGAGGAAAAAUAUUAACCCUUUAAAAUGAGAUGCGACGAUCGUGUCUAGUCUGUGCGCAUGCAACAUCGACACAGGGUACAGUGAUGACCUCCAGUUUGUCGCCCGCUACAAUGCAGGGCUGGAGCUAGAUGGGCUUUCGUCGCUUAAGGGGCGCAGAUGCACGGAGUAUUGCGCCCGGUUACGCUGUCGUGGGGACACUUCGAUUUGCCGUGGUGUGUGAUUAUCUGACGCCGUUAUCGGCUGCAAGAUUCCGUAGAGUGGCUUCAACUAUCCCCGCCGCUGGCCUGACGGAUGAGUAAACAACGGCAAGAGAGGCCUGGGGAACGCGACCCACCAUAGCCAGGGAGAAUAACUUUCCGGCUCUAGCCCUCAUCAAUAAAGAUUUACAGAGUCGUUGUUCUGCUACUGACUUGUGCAAUAGGUCUGUCGGGGAUGUGGGGGAAAAAAGCUUGAGAGUAACUGACGCCCUGUCACCAUUUUAGGCCGCAAUUCACAAGACUUCCCCCUGCUUUUGUCUGACGAUCGGCCGAUCAACACUCAUCGAAGUUUAACGGUUUGACAGUAAACCUUUUCGAAUCAAGGAGUAUGCUUCGACGUUUAUGAAAUUGGUCAUGGAUCCAGAACCCUACAAACGACGUUCUGUGUUGUACCUGGGGGUCAAAUGUAGACGUUGAACCAAUACGCCAAAUUUGGAGGGUAACACUUCAAAGAUAACCAACAACAAAGUGGUCCCAUGCUGCGAACAAUAAUGAUAGGCCUAAUGUACAGCAUCUGGUGGGAUCUGAUGUCGAUGAGUUAGUUUAGUUUCGAUUCUGCGACCGAAACCUGAUUAUCGACUAGCGAAUGAGGAAAUCAACAUAGAGUGACUCUUUUGCGUUCAUGAUUCGGACACAUGGCCGUAAGUAAGCGAUACGUGUAGCCAUCAACCAGCAUGCAGGAUCACUCAAGAGUUCGUUCGUUAUCACUAGACGACAUCAAUGUUGGUAUGUCAUCAUCAUCAUUAUCAGCGGCAACAUCAACAGCAGCGUCUUGCCGAAAGGGGAAAUCCUCCUCAGUUGAUGAUGACAGACAGGACAAUGAUGUCACGGAGGAAGGGGAAGGACGGGACAGAGAUACACUGGGAGAGUUGGAGUCACCAGCCAUCGAGAAUUUACAAGACCGGUUGCUGGUGACGCCCAUCCGGUGGCAGAUGAGGUCGGAGGCAGCCGUGGCUCCUACCGGCUUGUACCGGAGAGACAGUGCGCCGGCUACCUUGCUGCAGAAGGAGGACUCCAUCUCCAGACGGUGCUCCAAUCCCGCCCUGCUGGAGACUAUCGAGGAAGGCCAGGUCAGCUGUCGUAGGAAGAGCACCCCGGCCGUCAUGACGCAGGGCCUGGCUCAGCAGAGAGGGAGGGGCGGAGGGGCGCACCUCAGCCCCAGGCGGGCCCUCUUGAAAGCCGUCUCCGCCCCUGGCUCGGCACCGGCCAGGAGGCGUUCCAUGCCGGAGAUUUCCACCCACCAACGCAGCCCAGUCAUGCUGGAGACAUUCUACCCACCUCCAAGGAGGAACAGCCUCAUGUCGUGCUCUCUGGCUGAGGUGGCGGCGCGGUUCGAGUUGCUUAACACGAACUCGCGGGUGCCAGAAGAGAGCGAACUCUUGGAGAAAUCAAGAGCCGGGUACGACAGGAGUAAUGGCUCAGGGGUUUCGUCGAGUCAUAGUCUACCACCGAUAACCUCGUAACAUCUUGAGUUUGGACUACUUCAUAAUCUUUGCUUAGCGGAGACCUGUGCAUUCAAAUUUUAAUUCGCCACUUCCCAUGUCACAUGCCUCAGAAACUGGGAUAAUCUUUAUCCAGCCUUUGCUGGCUCCUCUCUGCCCCCUUUAAUUAACACAUGUACCCAGUUUUCCCUGUGUAAGGUUCUUCGGGUUAAUUCAACCGAAGUGCUUAUUAAACGGGACUAGAGUGACGAUUAUGUGCGUGUAGCGUUUGCGAAGGUUGCUGUUGUUAAUUGCAAGAGACAAAUUGGCCGACUACAAGUACCACUUUGCACAACAUCGUGGGUCCCACCACGCUUCUUUCUGCGACCAAGGCGUCCCACGUGACUAAAAGGGUACAUUGAGCAUUUAUAAAUCAACUGAGGCGAUAAACGCAAGAACGUGACACGGCAUUUAAGUCCAAAGUGUAACAUCCAGUAAAGCGAUAAAAAAUGGACCAAUAAGUCACAGCGACGAGUUACUCACUUAGUCCGUUGCUAGACAAGGCAAUUUUUUUUGAAUAGGGACAUGUAAACCCUACCAUCGAAUCGAAUGCACAAGCCUCCUCAGUGAGAUUGGAAAUUAGUGCUUUUUCAGUUCUAAAAGUGCACUGCUUUCCCAAACUGGCGCUAUUGAUGUAGGCCUAUAUGACAUUAUGAAUAUGUAGCAAUAAUGCAAAACCUUUGUUAUUCAAAUCUACAAUAUGAGAAUCCUUAAUGUUAAAUAAUGAAGUUAACUCAUUAGGAAAUAACCCAAAUAAUGCGUCACUGCGCCCUAUAUUAGGUUGGUAUAGCCUGGUACCUGUUUCCUACAAGAGAAUAUACACAGUGAUAGCAUGACGAGUUAGUUCUUUCCCUCUGUACAGUACCCAAUACACCCACAGAAAUCUCCCCCCACUAUACAGUCUGGUAGCCUUUAGUAUCGAUAAACAGUUUUUGCAAUUUCAAUGCAUGUUCACAGCAUUCCCAAUGCACCAAAAUAAGCAGUUACAGUGUGUAUAAAUUUGUAUUCGAAAAAUCAUCCUUAAAAAGGAAUAUGCGGUAUGGCGUAAGUGUGGCUUCAUAGUCGUAAUUUAUGUGUGCGAAUGCUAACCACAGUCACAAUGCUCUAGCAAAGUGUAGAUUGAAAUCUAAUAUGCAUACAUACACAAUAUAAUGUUAGCCAUUUUGAGUGCAUGUCGUUUAUGUGCGCAAGCGCAACACGUGUACCAAGCACCGUUUCCAUGUAGAUCGUAUGUUGCAAAGUAAACGCUUUUGUUACCGCAAAUUUCUUUCUAUUUGCUAAUUCAAAGUAAUAAGUUUCCUGCAGGGAAAUGCUUUAUACGACAAAUAUUCAUUGCACCCCCCCUCCCAUCUGGUAGGCACGGGCGUCGCUAGGGGAAGGGGGGUCGGGGUGUCACAACCCCAUUGGUUAGUCUUGUCGGCAAAAUCAUGGUCUGUCGGCAAAAUAAAAACCGUUAUGUAGGUGUCGGGGCUUGGGAAUCAGACUAUAGUGCGCUCGUUUUGCAUGACGGUGCGUCGGCAAAUUUCAUUUGGCACACGCCCGUGCUGGGUAGGUCUACUCGCUCCACCCGCCGAGAAGUCAGUGCUGAUAAAUUUGUGAAUGAAUAUUUCGGCUCAGUAACGUCAUAACGUGUCCUUGUUGGUAGUCUUGAUUUCGAAACAUCCUUACCAUUAUAAUGGAUUUGAAUUGAUUACUUGAUGUAAAAUGCUGGAAGGUGUCACUUUUCUGAUAAAGUAACCCUUUAAAGUUCAUCCUGUUGGUAUGUGUUCGUUAUUUGAAUGCCAACUUGCAUAGUGGUUAUAAAUUAUUCGAAUUCUCAAAGCCAAGAGCACUCCUAUAUAAACAGAGGGGUAUUCAUUACUGCUUAGAAAAUGUAACCCAUCAUUCAAAACUAGGCUGAAGUAGAUAAUUUUCCCCCACUGCUGGAUCUUAUACUUCAAAGUUAUCCAAAGUAUUAAAAAAAACACGAUGUCUGCAGAAAACAUUGGUAAUUUUACGGCAAUGAAAUUUAAAAGUGUUGUAGAGUUUGCAUUGUAAAUGUGCAUUUAUCAUUUUCCAGAUAGCUCGUAACACACAGGGCUACUGUCGUUCUUCAGGGUUUGGAAUAGUGGGCCACAAAUGCAGAGUGCAUCCUUAGCCUGUAGCCUGUUUUUUUCAUAAUACAGUCAACAAUUUGGGUUCAAGAGCAUAAAUAUGCCAAUCGAAAAUCGUUUCCCCUCCACAGAGGACUCCCUCUGCCCCAUUGGCAUGCGCAACGUUUUCUCUACAACACGCCCGCGCACCGACCCAUUCCCUCUUUGCAAGCAGUUCGUCUGUGGCCGUACAUUAAUUUUACCUGGCGGUUCGUGUCGCGGAUUGUGUUCCGCCGAAUAAAUUCUGCACACGUUUCCUUCCUCCUAACAAAAGAGAAAAAAGAGGGCGCAAGAAGGAAAAAAACUGCAGCGUCUUGCCCUGCCAAUGUUCGAACCAUUUAUCACAACAUUUCGAGAACUGCCUUCCAGGUAUGGUGCGUUUAAAGGUCACGCCUAUAUAUAAUGUACGCCAUAUCUGUUUUUCAUUUGCAUGCAUACAGAGAACAAACCUUGACCAUAAAGCCAUAAAAACAACACGUACAUUCAACGGUCAAUACACUUUCCUCUCUAAAUGAAAUACACGGAUGAUUUUAGGAUAUUGUGACAGUCGCAUCUUUUCCAGGAAGUGAUUUCCGAUAAAAUGGAUAUUUCACUAUUUUUGUUUUGCUCUGUGAACAAAACUUCCAAGAAUUUACCCUCUUUACCAACGUUGGGUUAUCCUUUAGCUGUUGUCAAUUAUUGGUUUCAUUGUGUCCAAUACCGUUUUUAAUUACCAUGGUAAAAAACAUCAGUAAAAUUUUCGGAGGAAAUUGAAAUAGGUUGUCCACAUAAGAGAUACUAAAAUAUUGCGGGUUGGAAAAGGUAUAUACUGGUCGUAUCUGGAUUUGGAUUCUAGCUUUCAAAGUUUUUUUAUCAUUUCAAUUUUAUUUUCUACCAAAUAUUUAAUAGUGUAGGCCUAUACGUUCCUGUUAAGUAAUAAAGCUCAGAAUUAUAACAUAGCAUUUUAGGUAUGUUUUAUAUUGGGCCCCCUGCGCGCAUAAAAUUGAACUCAUUUGCACUGUCUCUUGAA